ACGAAAGGAUCUGGUAUUCCGUAGUCGUCGCGGGGUCACGAUGAGACGAGAAGCCCUCCCUCGAUAGAUUGAAAGCGGAACGAACGAGGAUCAAAGGGAGAGGAACGGACAGUCAACGGGGAAGCAUUAUCCAACGACUCGUCGACGAGAUGGCGACGAGCAGUCCCGGACAAUCGAUACACCUGAAAUCCCCGAGGAGUCCUCGACAGCUACCGAAACUGCCUACGAUCCCCAUCGGCGGCCAGAGGAGCCCGACACAGCUAUCGGUAACCAAAUCCCCAGGCACGCCGCUCGUCUUCGAGUUCCCGCCGGAGUGUUACCCGGACACGCCGAACGCCAAUUUCGACUACGAGAAGUUUGCUCGAACGAAAGAGCACGAACGGCCAUUGAGAAGUCCCAGUUACUACGUACGCCAAGGAUGCAGGAGCCCGAAGAGUCCGAAUCGGGACCUGUUGCACUCUCCGGGCAGAAAGUCGCCUAUAUUCCAGUUCUGCGAGUCCAGAAAGAGCCUGGGGAAGACUCUGAGCUACCCACCGAAGAGUCCGAUCUCUGGACCACCGUUGGUACCGUCGAGGUCGCCCAGCUCGUCCAGCUUCGGCCCCAAGAAGCCUUUCGAUCAUCGAAGGAACUCCUGUUUCGGUCUGAGCGGAUCCAAGAGUCCCAUGUCCCCGACGAUCGUCACUUCGUUGUCUCGUGGGUUGCUCGGCUCGAAGCACAACGAGCAGAACCUGGACCAGCAGAACAGCGCUGGUUACAAGAACAGUCCGUCGAUGGGCUCUUCCGCGGAAGGGUUGUUCAAGGAGAGGAGCGAGAGUCCGAGCGCAAAGAGGACCGGCCAUUUUAAUCGCAGUCAGGGCUGCCUGGACGAGAAUGGAAAGAGCAAAGAGGAGGAUCCCGGUUACAGGAGGGACGAGAUGAACAUCUCGAGGAGGUCGACCAGCGAUCUGACGGAGAUGGACGACGCGGACACGGAAGUGACUCUGCUGUCCAGCCCUAGGAGAAGAGGCUCGAUGAAGGGUGGCCUCGCCUACCUGGCGUCCAGGCGCGGCUCCCGUGACAGUCAGUGCUCCAAUUUGUCCAACGUCAGCAACGAGGACGUGGGUCCUUUGAAUUUCAACGCCCAUCCGCGUGGCAGACAGCGGAGGACGUCGAACUUCCUCGAGCUGCCAGUGCCAGAUCACAUCAGGCCGCGUGUACACAGUUUGCCAGAAAAAGCAUACAACCCGAGGGCUGGUGACGAUCUCUAUCGACUUCGGGCGUUCAACAUCACCCAAAGAGGCGUCGUUAAUCGCGGCGAUUCGAUUAUUUCGAGACACAGCAGGAGCAACACUUCCGUCAACAGUAGCAGGAACAGUAAUGUAUCGGGCGAGAGGUCACCGUUCGAGGGGUCGUGUUGUAGCGGACAGGGUGUCGCCGGGGACAGCGACGAGAGCGACGAGAUGCAAGAAGAGAUCCCGAAGUACAGAGUCGUUUUGCUCGGCGACUCAGGCGUGGGUAAAACUGCACUGGUUUCGCAGUUCAUGACCAGCGAGUAUAUGAACACGUACGACGCCAGUCUAGACGACGAAUUCGGCGAGAAGACGGUCUCGAUUCUGCUGGACGGAGAGGAGUCGGAAAUGGUGUUCAUCGAUCAUCCCCACGUGGAGAUGAGCGUGGAGAACUCUUUGUCGACGUACGAGCCCCACGCCUGUAUCGUCGUCUACUCCAUCGUGUCCACGACGAGCUUCGAAGUGGCCGGGGAGAUAUUAAAUUACUUGUGGAGGGAACACUACACCCAGGAACGAUUCGUUAUCGUCGUUGGCAAUAAGUCCGAUCUCGUGAGAAGUCGCACAAUCUCGUCGAACAAGGGAAAGCUACUGGCUACGUCGAGGGACUGCAAGUUCAUCGAGACGUCCAGCGGUAUACAGCACAACGUGGACGAGCUUUUGGUGGGCGUUCUGAAGCAGAUACGGCUUCGCGAGACGCGCGACAAGAAGCUGAAACGGCGCGGCAGCAAGGGUAGGAUCCUCUCGAAGCUGCACGGCAGCAAAUCCGCCCUCAGUUUGAAUCUCGCCAGGGAAAUACUGAGCAAGAUCUGCUUGAACGACAGCAAGAGCAAGAGCUGCGAGAAUCUGCACGUGCUCUAA